UGUGGGCACUCGGCAGUUACCCUCCUCCUUUCUCUCUCCUCAGAGCUUUAAAAAUCAAAAUUUUCCAUACACAGAUGAGAGAGAGAGAGAGAGAGAGAGAGAGAGAGAGGGAGCAUCAGCAACAUAAGCGGACAUGGCUGCAGUCAAAACCCAAGACCCAGCUUCGGAAAAACCAUGAACUCCAUUAAUCCGACCUCGCAUUCUCCCUCGCCUUCCGCUCAAGAUCCCUUUUUGAAAAGGAAGUAGCUGCGACCCAUCUCGUGAACCCUGCACCAUUCCUCUCCGUCGCUCUCCGUUAUAGUCGUCGCCUCACUCUUUUCUCGCUCUUGUCUUGUUUCCUUUUAACACGUUUGAAAUGGGAAGUUCGGCGAAGAAGAGCGAAAGCUCGAGAAAGAGCAAGAACGGUCGGGACGACUCCGGGACCGAGUCGAGCACCGAGUCCAGAGACUGCAGCUUGAGCUCGACCAGGUCGAGCUCCGAGAGCUCUUCGGCCGAGGAAGCAACGAAGGCGAAAGAGAAGGAGAGAGAUCGCUCGUCGCCUGCUCCGCUGGGUUGGCCCAUCGGAAAGGCUGAUUUGCACCGGAACUCUGUUUCCUCCGUCAAGGACGAUGAAGGCAAAAAGGAUGUGGACGAUGAAGAUUCGAAAUUAAAGAAAUUGGGCUCAAAACUUUCAGAGCUGGACAUGAUGAAGGAGAGAUAUGCAAAAUUGUUGCUUGGUGAGGACAUGUCAGGCUCUGGAAAAGGUGUUUGCACUGCUUUGGCGAUUUCGAAUGCCGUCACCAAUUUAUGCGGAACUAUUUUUGGGCAACUUUGGAGAUUAGAACGCUUGCCUUCCGAAAAGAAAACAAUGUGGAAAAGAGAGAUGGAGUGGCUUCUUUGCGUCACGGACCACAUCGUCGAAUUGAUACCCUCUUGUCAAACAUUUCCUGAUGGUAGCAAGCUUGAAGUCAUGACUUGCAGGCCCAGAGCGGAUAUUUUUAUCAAUCUUCCGGCUCUUCGUAAACUGGACAACAUGCUUCUUGAAAUAUUAGAUAGUUUCACAGAUACAGAAUUCUGGUACGUUGAUCAAGGCAUAGUAGCCUCAGAUGCAGAAGGGUCGGCCUCUUUUCGGAGGACUAUUCAACGGCAAGAGGAAAAGUGGUGGCUACCAGUGCCUCGUGUCCCUCCGGGUGGUCUCAGUGAAAAUUCGAGAAAGCAGUUAACUCACACUCGUGAAUGCACAAGCCAAAUAUUGAAGGCCGCAAUGGCCAUAAACAGCAUGACCUUAGCAGAAAUGGAAGUUCCGGACUCAUAUCUGGAAGCUCUUCCGAAGCAUGGGAGAACUUCUCUGGGGGACGUCAUUCAUCGAUACAUCACUUCAGACCAAUUCUCUGCAGAAUGCCUGCUUGAUUGCCUUGACCUGUCUUCUGAGCAUGUUGCGCUAGAAAUUGCAAACCGAGUAGAAGCCUCAAUGUAUGUAUGGCGAAGAAGAUCUCACCCUAGACCACCAACUCAUCCAAACCGAUCCACGACGAAGACAUCUUGGGAAAUGGUUAAAGACCUAAUGUUAGACGGAGAUAAGAGAGAACUGUUGGCAGAAAAAGCUGAAAGACUCCUGCUUUGCUUGAAGCAGCGGUUUCCAUGUCUUGCACAAACUACAUUAGACACUAGCAAGAUCCAAUUCAAUAAGGAUCUUGGGAAAUCCAUUCUUGAGAGCUACUCAAGAGUGUUGGAGAGUCUGGCGUUCAAUAUUGUUGCACGUAUAGAUGACGUGCUCUAUGUAGAUGACUUGACCAGACAUGCAGACAAAUUAUCUCCGAUCUCUGGUGUUAACGUGAUAGCCCAGAAGAAGAAGCUAUCCAUGCCAUACUCGGUGCAUCUCUCAAGCACUCCCUAUGCAUCAGCUUUUAGCACUCCAAGCUUUUCCCCGGCGCCCCUGAUUAGCCCUAUAAGGGGAGAGAGGACUCCUUUUAUCGGCAACAACAAUAACAAUGGCAAGCCUCCCCGCCGUGGUUUCGGAGUUAAACGGGUCCUCACAAAUUAUCUCGGUGUGGACACGAAGCCUAAGUUAUCGGGCAACGGAACUGACGUGUCUUGCCCGGUACUGAGCACAAGUUCCACAGACUUGGAGUGCAAGAAAGGCUAAACCAGCUUACUUGCUUGAGUUCCUUGAGGAAAUUACAGCGAUCCACUGUAAUUUGGUGCGAUUACCAUAGGCUCUAUACUAGCUUUUAGUUGUUGGGUUCUUUCUUUACUUGUGUCCUGAACUAGUGUGAUUAACAAAACUAUUCAUUUGCAUGAAAAGAGCUCUUGCGUCUGUUCUGUGUCACUUGAGAUGAAAUAUUCAUUAUGUCUAGUUUUAUUGA